UGCUGGAAUGCUGCGAGGGCGGCCAUGGCGUCAUGUACGAUAGCAGCAGCAAUGGGCGUGCCGUACGGCCGCGGCUGGAGCGAGUUGUCGUACAAGAGUACCUGACUGCAAUCGCCGGCCUCUGUAAGCAGCCCGAGCUGUCGCCGCUGCGAAACGCCAUUCUGGGGGAGCGUCAGGCGUACGACAUGAACCACCAGGUCCCGGUGCCGUACAACCCGCCUCCCGGGUUCAGCGAGGCCAACAUCCCGGCCUCCCUGCCGGGCGGCCUGGUGCUGUCCCGCGAGCAACGAGCCAUUGUGGAGGCCGUGGGCCGCCUGGAGGCUCCGGGGGUGCUGAGUGUGCAAGCAUUCGCCGGCACCGCCAAAACCACCACCGCCCGAGCCAUCGUGGCUUCCCUGCGCCACAAGCACAUCCUGUACCUGGUGUUCAACAAGGACAUGCAGCUGGAGGCCAAGGAGGCGAUGAAGAAGGACAUGGCGGUCAUCGCAAGCCCUUACAACCGCUUGGGUAAUUUCGACGUGCUUACCACUCACGGCCUAGCACGCAAGUCCGUCAAGUACGAGGAGCAUUUUGCCGCAAACCGGUGGAACGGCGACCUACCCAUCUCCAAGGUUCGUGCCUUCCUGGUGCGACAGUGGAACCCCAGCUCGCCCAAGGACGUGAAGUACGCGGUGGCGGCGGCGGUCCGCUGCGCCCUGAACCGCUACAUGACGUCAGGAGAUGAGGAGUUGUUCCUGGGGCACUUCAGCGCCAAGCAGCUUGAGAAAGCAAGGGAGCCCUUGCAGAGCCUCCUCAGCAAGCGCCGCAGCGGUGGUAACACCGCCGUCAACAGCAUUCAGCACAUGCUGUUGGAGGCGGCUCGGAUGCUUUGGAGCAAGCUCAUCUCCAGGACGGAAACCGAGCUGCCGCUGCCACACAACGCCUACCUCAAACUGUGCACGCUGCAGAAACCCAAACUGGUGUCCUUCCGGCAAGUGCCGUACGACCUGAUCAUCGUGGACGAGGCUCAGGACCUGAACGCGGUCACCAAGCAGCUGGUAAUGGACCUGCAGGAGGAGUCCCCCCUGGUGCUGCUGGGCGACAAGCACCAGCAGAUCUACUCGUUCAACUACGCUUGCGGGCUACUUUCGGGGCGCGUGCACUUUACCCGGCCCCUCAGCAGGCUGUCGUUGCGGCAGUCCUACCGCUUUGGCUCCGAGAUUGCGGCCGCGAUUAAUGCGGUGCUCAAGGCGGCUUUCAAGGAAGGGGACUUCCUCAUCGGGCGGGAGCAGCAGACGGCGAGCGACCCACGGGUCCACCCAGGCGUUGUGUACUGCCUGCUGCCCCAAGACCGCGACCUCACCACCGUCACCCUGGAAGACAUCUUCCCGCCGAGGGCACAACAGGCGCAGCAGCCGCAAGUGCAGCCAGAAGGGCGAAUCAACGGGAAUAGCUGCGGCGCCAGCAGCAGCGGCAGCGGCAGCGACACCCAAGGCCUCAACGGCGCCAGCAGCAGCGGCAGCGAGAGCGAUGAUGACGGCGAUGCGGCUGCCGGUGCAGCCCCGCGGCGCCCCUUCCGCUUCCUGCAGUGCCCCAUUCGCGGGCUGCAGCCGGAUGAGGGCUUCCCGCUGGAGCUCAGCAUGACGUCGCCCGUCCCUGGAGCCGGCGUGGCGGUGCUGCCUGCCAGUCUGCUGCUGCCCGGUGCCCCCCGGCCCCGUGUGACCCUGGUAGCCCGCCGCAACGCCACCCUAGUGCUGCUGGCGCUGCAGCUGGUGACGGCGGGACACACCGUGUGCGCCUCGUUCCAGCAGAAAGACGAUAGUGACGAGGUGGAGGGGCAUCAGGAUGGCGGCGGUCGUCAUCAGCAGGGCAGGUGGCAGCAGUACGGCAGGCAGCAGCAGGCAGGAGGGGCAGGGGGAGGAGGCCGGCGUGGUGGCGGUGCCAUCCUGCAGCGCAUGACUGACGUGUAUGAGUUCAUGUACCACGGCAAGCGCUUCGGGGGUGUCUCCCACGUGUUGAGCGGCAUUGAGACGCAGGAGGAGCUGUUGGAGCUGGUGGACAGCGGGGCGGACAUGGAGCUGUGCGGGGCGUACCAAGUGGUG